UGGUAUGAUGUGUAGCUUGGCCCAGCAGUCAGCAGAGAAGAUCGACCGCUACAGAGCCCAUGCUGGAUCAGUGUUCGUCAGGCUCCUCCAUAGUAACAACCCUGCAGUACCUCACAUCCCCCACCGAGAGGAGCUGCUCGCCAUCUUCCCUACUGAAGGGGCAGAGGGUCUGAACUGGAACGCUCCGUCUCAGGCCUUCCCCCACAUCACCCAGCUGCUCCGACUGCCCCAAUACCAGUACCACACACUGCUGGGGUUGACCGUGUCUGUAGGAGGACUGACUGAGUCUACGGUGCGUUUCUCCUCCCAGUCUCUGUUCGACCACCUGAUGCUGAUUCAGCAGGAUGCAGCAGCACUGGGACAGUUUAGUGAGGCACUGCUGCAUGUCUUCAGAGACAACCUGAGAAAUGACAGGGUGUCUAUCCCCUUCCUGAAGAUGCUGGACCAGAUGCUGGCUAGAGCCUGUUUUGACACCUUCACUACAGACCAGGAUCAUCAGUUCUGUGUGGACUUGUUGUCUCUCUGUAAGGAAGAGAUUAAGAAGUCCAAGGACACUCAGAAGCUCCGCUCCGCCAUCGCUGUGUUCUGUGGUCUGAUCCAGUUCCAGGGAGAGGUCCGUAAGAAGGUUCUGUUCCAGCUGCUGCUGCUCCUCUGUCACCCCUUCCCUGUGAUCAGGAAAACCACAGCCAGCCAGGUGUACGAGAUGCUGCUGACCUACGACGAUGUCAUCGACCCUGACGUGAUGGAUGAUGUCAUGACGUCGCUGAGUGACACCAACUGGUCAGUGGAAUCAGGAGACAGGAAAUCAAUUAGUCCACAGCUCUGCGUUACGAUUCUCCCCGUCCCCAG